AGGAAUGAAUCCAUUAAAAAUUGGUCAGCCAGAUGUCGAUGAACCUAUACCCAAUGCUGAUGAUGAAACAACCAUGAUUCACCAAGAAUUUCUACUGGACCCAAGUCUAACGGUUCAACAGGUUCUGCUAGGUGCUCAUACAGAGAUCGUCGAUUUUGCGCGAUUCGAGAUGGGAGAGAGUGCUGAACCGGAGUCUGAGGUGCCAUUAGAGGACGCAGAACCGAUAAAAAGUUGUGGUUAAACCCCAAUUAAUCCUCAUUAAAAGCUAUCAAAAUCAUUUAAACUUUACCCAGAACUAUUCAUGAUAGACUUUACUCUGUCUCCUCAAAAAAUAUGUACAUAAAAGUUUCGUUUACUAUAA